CUCCCCCAAGGGCCGGGCCGCCGUGGGGCCCGCUCUCCAGCCGGGUGGGGCCUCGCAGUCCGGUGCAGGAGCUCGGUGGGGACGGGGCGGCCGAGGAUGCAUCAGGGCGUGAGGACCAUGGGACGCCGGCUCGGGGCUAGCCCCCUUCGCUUCUUCCCUUUCCUCCUCCUCUUCUUCCUCCUGCUCUGGGUGCCCACGGCUCGGGGUCAGGCGGCUGGUCGGGACCGGCGCCAGCUGGGGCUGCGGAGGCCGGGGGGCGGCCCGGGGAGCAGCCUCGGAGCGCCCGGCUACGCGGGGGCCCGCGAACCCCAAAUCCCGCGCCGCGGAGCCGGCGGCAGCAGGAGCGCAGAGGUCUGCAGGAGCCGCCCCCUGGACCUGGUGUUUAUCAUCGACAGCUCCCGCAGCGUGAGGCCCCAGCAGUUCGCCAAAGUGAAAAGCUUCGUGGCCAAGAUCAUCGAGAGCUUGGACAUCGGGGCCAGCGCCACCCGGGUGGCCCUGGUGAACUACGCCAGCACCGUGAAGAUCGAGUUCAGCCUCCAGACCUAUUCUGACAAGGCCUCGGUGAAGCAGGCGGUGUCGCGGGUCAUCCCGCUCUCCACGGGCACCAUGUCCGGCCUGGCCAUCCAGAAGGCCAUGGACGAAGCCUUCGCCGUGGAGGCUGGGGCCCGGGCGGCCUCCUCCAACAUCCCCAAGGUGGCCAUCAUGGUGACCGACGGCCGGCCGCAGGACCAGGUGGAGGAGGUGGCGGCCCGGGCGCGAGCGGCCGGCAUCGAGAUCUAUGCCGUGGGGGUGGACCGGGCAGACAUGCAGUCCCUGAGGACCAUCGCCAGCAGGCCCCUCGAUGACCACGUGUUUUAUGUCGAGACCUAUGGGGUGAUUGAGAAAGUGACCUCGAAGUUCCGGGAAACUUUCUGCGCUCUGGACCAGUGUGCCCUGGGCACCCAUCAGUGCGAGCACGUCUGCGUAAGUGAUGGAGGUGGCGCCCAUCACUGCAAGUGCAGCCAAGGCUACACCUUGAAUGAGGACAAGAGAACUUGCUCAGCUAUUGACAAGUGUGCCCUAAACACCCAUGGGUGUGAGCACAUUUGUGUGAGUGAGCGUGCCGGCGGCUACCACUGUGAGUGCUAUGAAGGCUACUUCCUGAACGAAGAUAAGAAGACCUGCUCAGCUCAGGACAGGUGCGCCCUGGGCACCCACCAGUGUCAGCACAUCUGUGUGAGCGACGGGGCAGGAGCCCACCACUGCCAGUGCUACGAAGGCUACAGCUUGAAUCCGGAUAAGAAGACGUGUUCUGCCGACAAUCAGUGCGCCCUCGGCACCCAUCGCUGCCAGCACCUGUGCGAGCCCGCCGGGCCCGGGGCUUACCGCUGCCGCUGCCGCCCGGGCUUCAUCCUGCAGGGAGACGGGCGCUCGUGCGCAGCUGUGGAGGAAGCCCGGAGGCUCGUUUCCACACAGGACGCCUGCAGCUGUGACGCCACCCUGGCCUUCCAGGAGAAGGUCACCUCCUACCUGCAGAGACUUUCGGCCAAACUUGACGACAUCUUGGAGAAGUUACAAGUCAACGAUCUGAGACAGGUCCGCCGCUAGAGCUGCCACCCUUGCCCCUCAGGAGGCUGACAGUGGGCCUGCGGGAAUUACGGGGCCCUGGUCGCUGGCGUGCCAGCGCCGUUUCCCAGCCACCAAAAACAUCAUUGAGUAAAUAGUAAGAUGAAUUUCUAGAGACCAAUUCUUUUUUUUUUUUUUUUUUUUUCCUUUCCUUUUUCCUUCAAGCAAAAAGCAACCCAUGGAGACUAACUAGGAGUUUGCUAUUCAGCAACACUGCUUUUAAAGCAGCCUGUUGCCCAAAUGCUUUUCAAUUUUACUCCAAACUGGGGCAAGCUCCUUUCCCAUUUCUUGAGACGGAGAUGACCGAGCCCCUUAAAAAAAAAAAAAAAACAAAAAAAAAAACAAAA